AUCUACGUCGGAAAUGGUGUUUAUUUCCGCGAUCUUGUCGCUAGUUUAAGCUGUGCUGCUUCAUUAGUAGCGAGAGCAGUUCAACGGGCUGACAAUUAACACCGUAUAACAGAACACUAUGAAUCAAGAGAAGCUCGCCAAACUUCAAGCUCAGGUCCGGAUAGGUGGAAAGGGGACGGCCCGCAGGAAGAAAAAGGUUGUUCACAAAACAGCAACAGCUGAUGACAAGAAACUCCAGGGCUCGCUGAAGAAACUGGCUGUGAACAACAUCGCAGGAAUAGAGGAGGUCAACAUGAUAAAAGACGACGGGACGGUGAUCCACUUCAACAACCCCAAAGUUCAGGCGUCGCUGUCUGCCAACACCUUCGCCAUCACGGGCCACGCCGAGACCAAACAGCUGACGGAGAUGCUGCCGGGCAUCCUGAGCCAGCUGGGAGCCGACAGCCUCACCAGCCUGCGCAAGCUGGCCGAGCAGUUCCCACGGCAAUCAAUGGAAAUGAAGGCAGUCAAGGAGGAAAAUGAAGAAGAGGAGGACGAUGAUGUACCAGAUCUCGUGGAAAACUUUGACGAAGCCUCAAAGAACGAAGCAAACUGAUGAGUCUGUUAGUCCCUUUACUCCCACUUCAGUCAACCGUUUUUAAUUUUCUUUUUUUUUUCUUUUUACCUCUUUUUGGACUCACAAAGGGCAUUUUCCUCUUGUGGGGAAACGGUUGUUUAAGGUGCAGUGCAUCAUCUCCAGAGAGCCUCUUCAGUUUAACCCGCCACAACAACAACAACAGCAUCCGCACAGGUUUUGAUUUCAGUAGGCGGUCACAUUAUGGACACACUCAGAAACAAGGGUCUGCACGACUCUUUCCACCCAACAGACUGAAACUCCUCUAGAAAUAAGCUUCUCGUAUAAUAAAAGGGGCUAGUAUUUAAGAGAUUGUUUAUUAAAUUACAAUAAAUGAUUCACCUAACGUUAUAGUGGUGACUAUGAAUUUAAUAAAAAGGUUUUUGGGCUAUUGAUGUUUCUCUUUAUUUACUUGACUUAUACCGAUUAGUUUCAGCCGCUGGAAUAAUUAAACGACGUUACGGUGUCCUCCCGCAUGUCUUCUACAGAUGGCAGUUUUAAAGACGAGGGCUUUACGUCUUUAUUUGUCACGUUUUUGUAACUGAUGGUUAUUAUUUUAUAAGUGGAAUAAACAGAUGAGCCU